AUGGCAAAGAGUUGGAGGGUCACCUCUUUGGUGGCACUAGCACUGCUAGGGUGCUUAGUUGGGACACAGGUAGGAGCUCAGGACUCAGUAUGGUCUGCAUCAUCGAUGACAAAGGGCGCUCCACCUCCAGCACCGCAGAGGGUUUAUGAACCAAGACCACAAGUUUCGCCACCACAGCCACAAUAUUCUCAAGCUCCAAAGGUUCAACCUCCUCCACCACCACAGAAGGCUUAUGAACCAAGACCACAGGUGUCGCCACCACGGCCUCAGGUUUAUGAACCAAGACCACAGGUUUCGCCACCACAGCCGCAAUAUUCUCAAGCUCCAAAGGUUCAACCUCCUCCACCACCACAGAAGGCUUAUGAACCAAGACCACAGGUGUCGCCACCACGGCCUCAGGUUUAUGAACCAAGACCACAGGUUUCGCCACCACAGCCGCAAUAUUCUCAAGCUCCAAAGGUUCAACCUCCUCCACCACCACAGAAGGCUUAUGAUCCAAGACCACAGGUUUCGCCACCACAGCCUCAGGUUUAUGAACCAAGACCACAGGUUUCGCCACCGCAGCCUCAAUAUUCUCAAGUUCCAAAGGUCCAGCGUCCUCCGCCACCACAGAGGGAUUAUGAACCAAGACCACAGGUUUCGCCACCACAGCCUCAAUAUUCUCAAGUUCCAAAGGUCCAACCUCCUCCGCCACCACAGAAGGCUUAUGAACCAAGACCACAGGUGUCGCCACCACGGCCUCAGGUUUAUGAACCAAGACCACAGGUUUCGCCACCACAGCCUCAAUACUCUCAAGUUCCAAAGGUCCAACCUCCUCCGCCCCCACAGAAGGUUUAUGAACCAAGACCACAGGUUUCGCCACCACGGCCUCAGGUUUAUGAACCAAGACCACAGGUUUCGCCACCACGGCCUCAGGUUUAUGAACCAAGACCACAGGUUUCGCCACCACAGCCUCAAUACUCUCAAGUUCCAAAGGUCCAACCUCCUCCGCCCCCACAGAAGGUUUAUGAACCAAGACCACAGGUGUCGCCACCACGGCCUCAGGUUUAUGAACCAAGACCACAAAUUUUGCCACCACAGCCGCAAUAUUCUCAAGUUCCAAAGGUCCAACCUCCACCGCCUCAGGCUCAUGAUCCAAGACCACAGGUGUCGCCACCACGGCCUCAGGUUUACGAACCAAGACCACAGGUUUCGCCACCACAGCCUCAAUACUCUCAAGCUCCAAAGGUCCAACCUCCUCCACCACCACAGAAGGCUUAUGAACCAAGACCACAGGUGUCGCCACCACGGCCUCAAUAUUCUCAAGGGCCAAAGCAUUUUCCAUAUCCACGAGCAUUUACUGAUUUUCAGUCUCCCCAAGAACCACAGGCCCCUCAACCACAGCAACCACCUCAACCAUAUGAACCAUACCAACCGGAGCAACCACAUCAACCAUAUCAACCAUAUCAACCGGAGCAACCACAUCAACCAUACCAACCAAAUAAACCAGAGCAACCACAUCAGCCAUACCAACCAACUAAACCACAGCAACCACAUCAACCAUACCAACCAACUAAACCGCAGCAACCACAUCAGCCAUACCAACCAACUAAACCGCAGCAACCACAUCAACUGACAUCACCACAGGCACCUUCCAAACACCAACCUUCUUUCCAGAGUUGUGAGGUGGCAGAGAACCAGAAAGUCCCAUGUGGUGGUCCUGAUAUCACUGCUGCUACAUGUGAAGCGAUUAGCUGCUGCUUUGAUGGCCGACAGUGCUACUUUGGAAAAGCAGUGACUAUCCAGUGCACCAAGGAUGCCCAGUUCAUCGUGGUAGUAGCAAGAGAUGCCACUCUGCCCAACAUUGACCUCGAAUCAAUCUCACUCUUGGGACAGGGCCAGGGCUGUACACAUGUUGACUCGAACUCAGCAUUUGCCAUCUACCAGUUUCCUGUCACAGCCUGUGGCUCCAUUGUUAUGGAAGAGCCUGGUGUUAUAAUCUAUGAGAACAGGAUGGUUUCCUCAUAUGAAGUGGGAGUUGGACCUCUUGGAGCCAUUACCAGAGACAGCUACUAUGAAUUGCUCUUCCAGUGUAGGUACACUGGCGCAUCUAUUGAAACUGUGGUCGUAGAAGUAUUCCCGUUAGAUAAGCCUCCUCUGCCAGUUGCUGCUCUGGGACCCAUAAGAGUAUAUAUGAGGUUGGCGAAUGGACAAUGCAAUACAAAGGGUUGCAAUGAAGUGGAAGUGGCCUAUAGCUCUUUCUACACGGAUGCAGACUAUCCUGUGACCAAAGUACUGAGGGACCCUGUGUAUGUGGAGGUGCAACUCCUUGAAAAGACAGAUCCCAACCUUGUCCUGACUCUUGGUCGUUGUUGGACAACCACAAGCUCCAACCCUCACAGUCUGCCACAGUGGGACAUUCUGACAGACGGGUGUCCAUACAGGGAUGAUCGCUACUUGUCCUCACUGGUUCCAGUCGGUCUCUCCUCUGGUCUGGACUUCCCCAGUCACUACAGGCGUUUCAUUUUCAAGAUGUUUACCUUUGUAGACAUCAAUUCAAUGGAACCCAUGAAGGAACAGGUGUACAUCCACUGCAGUACAGCUGUGUGCACUGCUGCUGCGGGUCACUCCUGUGAACCAUCAUGCUACAGAAGAAAGAGAGAUGUCAAGGAUGUGGACCGGAGGAGGGCUGAGCCGCAGGUUGUGGUUUCUUCCGGACCAGUGAUCAUGAGCUCCCCUCAGCAGUAAACAGCACUGUGUCCAGCUCAAGAAUUUGGC